GGUGCUGGUCUGCAAUAAAAGAGCAGGGGGCGAAUCGGUGCCACCCGGAUGGCGGCUUUGACUCUGGAAAUCUUGGCGGUCCAGAAGGUGCCACUGGACUCGAAACUCACCGAGGAAAUUGUUGAUUUCUGCCUGUGUUGCUCCGCCUUUCCAUAGGGCGGAGCUAAGGCCUUUUAACAUAAACUUCAAGGGGGGUUGCGGAGGCUGGCGUUGUACGUGUGGCUAAAGCGGGGGCAGUCGCUUGGUUUCCCGCCGUUGUUUUGACGGUUUGUCUAGUAAGACAGGUAAGGGAACCUGGUUUCGACAGCAAGCGUUGGAGGUAUUGCAUUAUUCUUGUUGACUCCGGAGGUAGCUACUUUGUAGGAAAUUAGGAAGUUCUUUAAAUAAUAAGCUCAUAGCAAAUGAACCCUCUGCAUGGCAUACGAUGAAGAAUGGCUUUGGUUGUAAGAUACCAUGAAGACAUUGGUCAUUGGAAUUGGAGGCGUAACAAAUGGAGGGAAAACAACUUUGGCAAGAAGGCUUAAGAAACAGCUUCCCAACUGCACUAUAAUAUCUCAAGAUGAUUUUUUUAAGUCACAAUCUGAAGUGGCAGUAGAUGAACAUGGAUUUUUGCAGUAUGAUGUACUUGAUGCUCUGUAUAUGGAAGAAAUGGUGGCAAGUAUACACUCUUGGAUGGCAAAUCCAAAAGGAUGUGCAUUGACAAGCCUAAAUAACAUGCAUGAUAUGCAGCAAGAAACCGACGACUGCUGGGUCUUAAUUGUUGAAGGCUUUCUUUUGUAUAACUACAGGCCUCUUGGUGAUGUAUGGAAUAAAAAAUAUUUCCUCACCAUUCCUUAUGAAGAAUGCAAGAAGAGGCGAAGUAGCCGAAUUUAUAAUCCACCAGACCCACCUGGAUACUUUGAUGGACAUGUGUGGCCUAUGUAUCUGAAAAAUAAGAGAGAGAUGGAAGAGAAUGAAAUGGACAUCGUUUAUUUGGAUGGAACAAAGUUACAACAAGAUCUGUGUUCAAGGAUCUGUAAUGAUAUAGCACAGGAGCUAAAGAAGACAACAGCUGUGAUGGGGCCAGUCAGUCAUAAAGCUGAGACACAGGAGGGACCCACGUAAAAGUUAGCCUGGUGCUGUUGCCAAACAUAUACAGAUGCCAAGUCCUUCUAUAUUCCUGGAUGACACCAAUAAAUAACCCAUUAAAACUCUCACAAAUAAGUUGUGGCUAACAAGGACUUUCUCAAAAGAAGCCUUUCUAAACCAGUGUUGAUCAGGACUAUUGGGCUACUUUCAUUAAUGAAUGCAUUUUCAGCACAUUUCCCUUUGGAGUAGAAAGUCAUGCUGACCAUCUGCAGUAUUUUAAAAUUAGUGUCCCGAAAUUCUAAGCAGCAGCUGAGGAGUUAGCCAAGUUUCUUUGUGCUUCAAGAAGUUUCUCCUCUUAACUUAAAUGGCAGUGACCUCAAAGGGGUGUAGCGUCCCUUCUGUUCAGCUGACUUUGGGGGAAGGACCCCUUAAUAUCUUCCAUUUUAACCUACCCAGCAGUAAUACGAGAAGUAAGACCUGUAGACCAAACAAAGGGGAAGCUCUCUUCUCAAUCUAAAUAAGCUGUUUUUGCUUAAGUACUGUUGCUUCAGAAUGAAUAACAUGAAAACCAAAACCCUCAUGUACAGCAAACUGUCCUUAGUUAGGGCAGCAACAACACCAGCGCAUAAUCGACUCCCUCUCUACCAUUGCAUCUCUCUCUCACCCUCACACAUGGGCUCGUUGGCCUAGCUAAGAAGUGCUGUUAGCACUAAAGCUAUGUCUGCACUGAGGAAGCCUGCGUUCUUGUAUUUGUAUAAGAGUACAAAGGAGCUAUCGUUUUGUAUGGAGGCUCUUGAUUUUUUACAGAUACAAUAUUUCUCAGUGUUGUCCAGUUAGAGCCCAAUGCAGGGUAGAAGUUUUAUAAUGCUAUUGUCUUGGGGUCAGAAUAGAUGAGGCACUGAAAGAUCCCCAAAGGAGCAUGGGUGGGGGGAUAGUGUUGAUCAGAGCAUUUCUCCCCCCUGGUGUUUUUUUUCCUGACCAGGAAAUGGAGGUUUCCUUUUUAUUUCUCUCUUUAGGACAGGGGACAAUGUUGGGUUCACUAAAACCAUGGCCGAAUCCACACUUCCUUUUUGUUUCCGCGCCUUUAUCGCAAGCGGUGCGCUGUUCAUGCAGAUACUCACAUGCUUUCCCACUCUGCGUGUUCCCCGCCAUCACCGCGCCACAAUUGCGCCUUCCUUCCAAACCAAGUGAUAGUGGCAGAAAUCUGUUUUCUCCUUGCCUUUUUUUUUUGCACAGCUCAGAAAGGUCGGUAUACCGGUAAACCAACUGUAGUGAGCAGCGGUUUGCGUGGGAAAAGAAAUGGUCACAGGAGCAUGCGCGUGUCACACGGGGACCGUUUCCCUACUGUGUCCCGCCAUUUUUAAGAGCGCGAGGAGCCAAGCCGAGCAAUCCUGUAUUUCCCACAACGAUCGUCUCCAGUAAACGGCAGGUGCGGAAAACAAAUAUAUUCCUGAAAGCUUAGGACGCAGGUGGGAGAUUCUACCAUGUGCGAAAGACAGAAUGCAUCAUCUCGUGGUGUCGCGCGGAUGUGCUGUGAAGCAUGCCAACCACAAUCUGAGCCAUCAUCACAAAUAUCACAAUCUGAGCAUCCAUUUUGUUAACUACUAAAAGCAGAAAACCACUCUGAGCAGCAGAAUUUCUGGACAAUGCCUUUAAUGUGACAAUCUAAUUUCAAAUUUGCCCGCCAUACCAACCAGCCAGUUGUUAGAAAGUGGUCUGUGAUGAGCAAAAAAUGAGCCAAUCAAAGAUGAGGGGGAGGGUACAUUGCUAUUUCUUAAAAGUUGGAAUAUCGGUAUACCGGAAAAUUGACCUUUUUUAAAAAUUCUGAUGGCGGAGGAUGGAACCGCCCACUGUAACGUUUUACUCAGUGGCGUGUGGAGAAAUGAUUGCGCCAUGAAGACGCACUGGAAGGGUGAAUGUGAUGAUGCACAGCAUGGUAGCGGAAUGAACACGAUUGCCACGACUGCGCAAGAUAAGCGGAUGGUGAGUGAGUGUGGAUUCAGCCCAUGUGGUUCUGAUUUAAAUGAGAUUCCUGUAUGGCUUCAGUCUACAUUCACAAAGCACUGCAGUGGUCUUGUCAUCUUGUCCAUUUUAAUCCUCAGUAGUUAAACCAGUAUAUAUGUAUGUCAGAGGGUGGGGGUCAGGGUCGAAGUAUUCUAUCCUAGUGAUCUGAAUGAGCCACUGACACUUCGACUGUUUGCCAGCCACUGAGGUCUUAUCCUUUCCUAUAAGCUAAUAGUCCUGUGUUUUCCUGCACUGAUACUGUUACUCCAGGGAUUUUAAGCUUCAAAAUGAGUAUCACCUUGCCUGAGUAAUAAUUAGGGAUGUGCGUUUCGGCUUUCUGAAUGCCGAAAGAAAGCCGAAACAAAAGUGUUUCGGCUUCUUUCAGGUUACCCGAAACGUUUCAGAGAAAGCCGAAACGUUUCGGCUAGCCGAAAGAAAAAAAAGCCGAAACGUUUCGGCUUCUUUCGGCUUUUCAAUGGGAAAAUGCCUCCGUCUUCCCGGACGUCUGGGGGAGGCAUUUUCCCACCGAAUCAGCCCAAAAUUGGUGGGGACCUUCCUCUAACCCCUCUCUAAAAACCCCCCAAGUUUCAGACCGAUUGGACUUUGGGGGGCCAUGUUAUGGCCCCCCAAAGCAGGUCCCCCUAUCCUCCCAUAAGAAAGCGAAGGAGCAGCAUAUUGUUAGCAUGCUGCUGCUCAUCUUCUUCAUUAUUUCCUAUGGGGAAAAAAUGAAGAAGCAGGCUUCCUUUGCCAGGGGUGGCAUUUUGCAUGCAAAAUGCCCCCUUACCCUCAGGGGCCCUUCUCCCACCCUUCCUCCCACCCCCCACCAAGGCUCAGCCUGCUCCCACUUGGGGGGGCAUUUCAUGGCCUCCCCAAGUAGGUGCUCUGCUCUCAUCUCUACCACUGACAGCUGGGGGAGGCUUGUCUUGUUUUUGACAAUUCCUGUCAAAAACACUUUAUUUCUUGAAAAGCUUUAGGAUACACAGCAGGGGGGCGCACCAAAGGG